AUGGUUCCGGGAGAAUUCAAGGAACAUGAACCCGUGCCUCAGCAACCUUUAUGUGAAGAGGCCAUGGCUCGCUUUUACCGGGCUUUGAAAUGGAGCUUCGAGGCUUUGGCGACCGGACGAUGGCCUCGCAGCGACUUUCAAGGCCGUCGCUAUCCAAGAGGCUCUUGGGGAGCCCAGAUGGCUGGCAAGAGGUUGGCCCAGAAGCAUACCGCAGUGCUCUUCUGCUGCAAGGGAGACUUGGAUCACUUCUGGAAGAGCAUGCAGGCUCCCAGCUUUCACAGCACAUCGCCGUGUGCCCACUGCAAUGCAGAUCGGGACCAGAGUCCUUGGUGGGAUCUCCGUCCCACGGCCCGGUGGAGGCAGCAGCCCAGAUCCCACCCGCAUCGCAUGGAGCCUGUCAGGCUCUGUCCGGACUGGAUGCACAGCAAGCACCUGGGCACCGAUGCUUACAUCCUGGCUUCGGUGCUGGCCAUAAUUGUUUUUCGGAAGAUGUGA